AUGGCAUCAUCUAUGUCUGCUUCCGAAAUUCGUCGGACAUUUAUUGAUUUCUUUACGAAAAAACACGGUCAUUUGUAUGUUCAUUCAUCAUCAACGAUUCCAUUAGAUGACCCAACACUACUUUUUGCCAAUGCUGGAAUGAAUCAAUUUAAACCAUGUUUCCUUGGCACAGCUGAUCCAAACAGCGACAUGGGAAAAUAUAAACGUACAACAAAUAGUCAAAAAUGUAUUCGUGCUGGUGGUAAACACAACGAUUUGGACGACGUUGGCAAAGAUGUUUAUCAUCAUACAUUCUUUGAAAUGCUUGGUAACUGGUCAUUUGGUGAUUAUUUUAAAGAACAAGCAGUUGCUAUGGCAUGGGAAUUGCUUGUUGAUGUAUUCAAACUAGAUCCGAGUCGUUUGUAUGCCACUUAUUUCGAAGGAAGUGCAAAGAGCAAUCUUCAAGCUGACGCUGAAACACAAAACCUUUGGAGAAAAUAUUUACCGGAUGAUCAUAUUAUUCCGGGUAACAUGAAGGACAACUUUUGGGAAAUGGGUGAUACGGGUCCAUGCGGUCCAUGUACAGAAAUUCACUAUGAUCGAAUUGGUGGUGGUCGAAAUGCAGCUCAUCUUGUCAAUCAUGAUGAUCCUGAUGUCUUAGAAAUUUGGAAUUUGGUGUUUAUACAAUUUAACAGAGAAAAAGAUGGUUCAUUGCGUGAAUUACCGGCAAAGCAUGUCGAUACUGGCAUGGGCUUUGAACGAUUGACAUCAGUUAUUCAAGAUAGACGUUCGAAUUACGACACCGACAUUUUCCGACCCAUCUUCACUGCAAUUGAACAAGGGACUGGCGUACGACCAUACACAGGUAAAGUGGGAACUGAUGAUCGAGACAAAAUGGAUAUGGCCUAUCGAGUUGUUGCUGAUCAUAUUCGAACAUUAACAAUUGCAAUCACUGAUGGUGGAAGACCAGAUAAAACAGGACGUGGUUAUGUUCUUCGUCGCAUUCUUCGUCGUGCUAUUCGAUAUGCUAAUGAGAACUUACAAGCAAAACCUGGCUUUCUUGCAUCUCUCGUCGACGUCGUUGUUGACAGCCUCGGUUCAUUCUUCACCGAACUACGUAAAGAUCCUCAAAUUGUUAAAGAUGUGAUUAACGACGAAGAAGAACAAUUUUUACGUACAUUAACCCGCGGUCAACGCUUAUUAACCAAAACAAUCACAUCAUUGGGAGAUACAAAAACAUUCCCAGGUGAUAUUGUUUGGCGUUUAUAUGAUACAUACGGUUUUCCAGCUGAUUUAACCCAAUUGAUGUGUGAGGAACGUGGCUUAUCUUUUGAUAUGAAUUUAUUCGAAGAAGCAAAACAGAAAUCGUUGAUAGCUUCGCAGCAAACCGGUGGUGAACAAACUCAAGUUCAAUGCACACUUGACGUGCACGCUAUCAACGAAUUGAAACAAUCGAAAGGCGUGAAACUUACAGAUGAUUUACCAAAGUAUGAUUAUGAUUGUGAUGAACAGGGCAAAUAUGUUUUUCCAACGAUUCAAGCCACAAUCUUGGCUAUUCGCAGUCCAACGACGUUUGUUGAUUCGGUCAAUUCCGGUGAUGAAUGUGGACUUGUUCUCGAUCGAACAUGCUUUUAUGCUGAAUCGGGUGGUCAAGUGUACGAUGAAGGUUACAUCGUCAAGGAAGAUGAUGAAAACGUGGAAUUUCAAGUCCGUAAUGUUCAAGUUCGCGGUGGUUAUAUUCUUCAUGUCGGCAAAGUGGAAGGUAAACUCACGGUUGGUGAUAAAGUUCGUUUGACAAUCAAUGAUCUUCGACGAAAUUUGAUCAUGAAAAACCAUACGGGCACACACAUACUUAACUUUGCAUUACGUGCUGUUCUUGGUGAUACUGUUGAUCAACGUGGUUCAUUAGUUGCACCGGAUCGUUUACGUUUCGAUUUCAGUGCUAAAGGAGCGAUGACACCUGAUGAACUUAAACACGUCGAAACUGUCUGUAAUAAACAAAUCGAACAAUCGUUGAAAGUCUACGCUAAGGAGUCAUCGUUGGCCGAGGCCAAGCAAAUCGAAGGUUUACGUGCUGUCUUUGACGAAACAUAUCCAGAUCCAGUUCGUGUGGUUUCUAUCGGUGUAUCAAUCGAUGAUUUACUUACGAAACCACCCAAAGCUGACGGACGUGAAUAUUCAGUGGAGUUCUGUGGUGGUACUCAUUUGAAAACGAGCAAACAUGUGGAUCGUCUUGUUGUGGUCACGGAAGAAGCCAUUGCCAAAGGCAUUCGACGAGUCGUUGCUGUCACCGGUCCUGAAGCAGAAAAGUGUUCGAAAAAAGCUGAUCAACUUGAUAGUUUACUUGAAGAUUUAACUCGUCGUGUUCAUGAUGCUUCAUCAUCCAACAGCACAACAAUGUCAUCACGAUUGACAUUCAACAAAGAAAUCUUUCAAUUCGACAAGGAUAUUUCCCAAGCAAAUAUUUCCCAAUGGCGCCGUGAAGGUCAACGUAAUCGUUUGAAAGAAUUGAAGACUAUCUUAGUUGAAAUCGAAAAGGCUGAUAACAAAAAUCAAAUUCAUAAAGCCACAGAAGAAUGCCGAAGCGUCCUCACCAAAUAUCCAGAUCGUAAAUGUUUAAUCGCCAAUUUCGAAAUGGGAAAUGACACGAAGAACCUAAGUACAGUCGUCAACGAGGUUCGUAAACAAAACACCGAUGUUGCUAUCAUGUUAUUCAGCGUUGAUCAUGCAACAAAGAAAUUCGUCUGUCUUGCCAAUGUUCCUGAUACUCAAGUGAAGGACAAACAUUUAAAAGCUGAUGAGUGGGUGAAGAAAGUCAUUGCUGAAGCUGGUGGACGUGGCGGUGGUAAAGACACUCAAGCUCAAGGCACGAAUUGUGAAUAUGACCAGUUAGAUCAUUGCGUGCAAUUAGCUGAAGAAUUUGCACUUUUAAAACUUAAUUCCAAUUGCGUAGGUGCUUUGAAUGAACUUUUUUCUCAUCUAAAUCAUUUACUACUUCAUCCUCUCUUUUCAACAAAUCUUCGUCGACCAAUAGAUAUAAACGAUAUUUGA